GAACGACUCUGCUUGAGGAAAAGAUAACAAUAAGCGCUCGUGCAACGGCGGCGGAUACGCGAUUUUUUUGGAAUCGCUAAGGCGGGGCCAUACUGGCUGUCCGGCAAACCGACACGGCGCUGCCUAUUUAAGGGGAAAGGGGCCAUAGCAACGACAUCAUUCGGGUAGAGACAGUUUCGGGAUCAAGACAUCCACCAUCUUCCAGCCAUGAGGGCGGUGGUUCUUCUGUGUCUGGCGGUAUGCGUCUGUGCCCGCCCCCAGUUCACGGGGACCGGGGGAGCCAGAGGCUCUGGUAAUGCUCAGGCCACACAGGGCCAGAGUAGCUUCCCGUCCGGCAGCAGCGCCGUCCAGAGCAGCUCCGCGGCGGCCGAGGGUUCUGCCUUCGACGGCGCAUCUUCAUUCAACACCGGCAGCAGCAACGUCGGACAAAGUUCUGGACUCUUCGGAGACCAGCAGUUCGCCAACAACCAGGCCUCCAGCGACCAGUUCGGCGGUGGCGGAUUUGGACAAUUUAGCGGCGUUGAUGGCGGGUUCGGCGCAAGCGGAUUUGGCGGUGACGCCGGAUUUGGUGGAAGCGGUUUCGAACAGAGCGCGGGGUCCGCACCUAGCGGCGGCAGCGGGUUUGGGCAGACUGGUGGGUCCGCACCUACCGGAGGUAGCGGCUUCGACGCUUCCGGAGCCGGAGGAGGCAGUCAGUUCGCAAACAAUCAGGCUUCCAGCACCCAGUUUGGUUAGGCCAUGGUUGAGCUGCUCGCAAGUACCUUGACGAAUUGGCAAUGACGCGAAAUGUGACGGGGAAGUUGUAAUAAAACGGCGCAUUUU